AUGCUUUGGCCUCUGUUCCUCCUCACCUUUACAUACGAUUUCACGCUAACUCCAGCCAGGCUGCUCCUGAAUGAGCUCUUUCCUACUUAUGAAAUAUCAGAACGCCCAGGCUCAAAUGAUACCGCCACUGUCGUUACCAUUAUUCCUAACCAGCUAGUGCUUCUAUAUAUGGAUCAGCAGCAGGAAACAAUACAGUUUCUGGCAGAAUUCAUCCUGUCAUGGGUAGAUCCACAAUUGGCUUGGGAAAGAAAUACUACAAUCUAUAGUGAAGCAUGGAUCAAAACUCCUGAAAUGAGUGUUUGGACUCCGGAUAUCAUAUUCACCGAAGCAAUGAAACUCGAGGAAGUGCUAGAGGCCGAGGAAAGGAUGGCCGAUAUUCGUUAUGAUGGUACAGUCCGGAUAUCCAAUCCUGCAGUUGUCACUCAUCCUUGUCCGCUACGGAUCGACUCGUUUCCUUAUGACGUACAAGUGCUAUCGAAGGAGGUCACCAGAACCCGCCGUCAAGCUAGGGGAUGCUGCGGAUGCGGUGUUUCCGCCAGAGGAGCACCAGGACCACCAGGACAAGCUGGACAGCCCGGAGGGGAUGGACGACCUGGCCAGCCAGGAAGAAACGGCCCUGACGGACCACCGGCAACUCCGGCUCCACAAGUCAACCCAUGCUUCAAUUGUCCCGCUGGACCUCCAGGACGCCCAGGAAACGCAGGACGCCGUGGUGCGCCAGGAAACAGAGGAUCAGAUGGACGUCCUGGAGGACCAGGAAGUCCUGGAGGCCGAGGAGCUCCUGGACCACAAGGUCCUCCCGGAAACGCUGGACGACCAGGAAACCGAGGCUCACCUGGAACACCCGGACGAGUCAUCCCAUCAGCAGGUAACCGAGGACCUCCCGGACCCCCUGGACCAGCAGGACCACCUGGAAGAAACGGUAAUCCUGGAGGCCGAGGAAACCCAGGAACGCCUGGUGGGCGUGGCCCUCCUGGAGACAAUGGAAGAGCUGGAGCUCCCGGACGACCUGGCGCACCUGGACAGAGAGGACAAGACGGAAACACUGGUGCCAGGGGAAGCUGCGACCACUGCCCGCCACCUCGUACUGCACCAGGCUAUUGA